CAGUGAGCGAGUAGGAUCACAGGUUCAGAGUUCAGAUUGACUCCUGCAGUAGUGGUCGUCGACUGAUCUGAAGGGUUUCUUGAUGGAUGAGUAAGUCUCUCUGUCUCAUGUCGGUGCAGACAUGCGGGUGGCAGUGAUCGGAGCUGGAGUCAUUGGUCUGUCAACAGCUCAGAGCAUCUAUGAGCAGUAUCACUCAGUCGUCAGUCCACUGACCAUUGAGGUGUAUGCAGACUGUUUCACUCCUCUGACCACCAGCGAUGGAGCAGCUGGCUUCUGGCAGCCUUACCUGUAUGAUAAGGGCAACAUCCAGGAAACGAAAUGGAAUAAGGAGACAUUUGACUACUUGCUGAGCACACUCAAGACGCCAGAGUCAGUAAAGAUGGGCAUAUUCCUUCAGUCUGGCUACAACCUUUGCACUGAACCAGCACCAGACCCCUCAUUUAAGGACGCCGUCCUCGGCUUCAGGCGGCUCACGGAUCGGGAGCUGCAGAUGUUUCCUGGAUACACACAUGGGUGGUUCAACACUGCUCUCAUGGUGGAAGGUAAAUCAUACCUGCCUUGGCUGAUGGACUGGCUGCAGAAAAGGGGCGUGAAAUUUUAUCACAGGAAAGUUGAGUCCUUCAAGGAGCUGGCAGAAUCUGGGGCAGAUGUGAUCAUUAACUGCACCGGGAUGAGAUCAGGAGAACUGCAGCAAGACCCGGACCUGAAACCAGGCCGCGGUCAGAUAGUGAAGGUGGAUGCUCCGUGGCUGAAGCACUGGGUUAUUACCCACAGUUUAAAAUCAGGAGUCUACAAUACACCGUAUAUUAUUCCAGGGAGUCGCCUUGUGACAGUUGGUGGGGUUUUCCAGUUAGGAAACUGGAGUGAACAGAACAACUCCACUGACCAUCAGAAAAUCUGGAAAGAUGCCUGUGAGCUGGAGCCUAGUCUCAAGCACGCCAGGAUAGUAGAGGACUGGACCGGCCUCAGGCCCGUUCGCAGCAAAGUCCGACUGGAGAGGGAGACCAUACAGUCCGGUGCGACCACGAUAGAGGUGAUACACAACUACGGCCACGGAGGCUUCGGACUCACCAUUCACAGAGGUUGUGCCCAGGAGGCAGCGAGGCUCCUCGGUCAAAUUGUGAAACAAAAAGGCAAAGGUCCAAAAGCACGCUUGUAAAUUUGCAUCUGGUGGUUGUUAAUGCACAUAUUGUUCUUAUCUGCUCCAACACUUAAAGCAAACUAUAAUAUCCUUUAUCUGCGGAGUAAUAAGCUCGAAAUCUUGUUGUUUUUAGUGAAUUUAGUAAAUGCAGUAAUUUUAAGUGAUAACCCCACAAUGCGUUCUUAAAAUAAUAAAUAACAAAAUGAAUCCA